CUCGCCUCGGACCGCUCAGUCUUUCCUUCUUCUUCCUCGUCGCCUCUGCUCUGCCCGCCGCCAUGGCCCAAGCUGACAUUGCACUGAUUGGACUGGCUGUCAUGGGCCAGAACUUAAUUUUGAACAUGAAUGACCAUGGAUUUGUGGUCUGUGCUUUCAACAGGACUGUCUCCAAAGUUGAUGACUUCUUGGCCAAUGAGGCAAAGGGAACCAAAGUGGUCGGCGCACAGUCCUUGAAGGAGAUGGUCUCCAAGCUGAAGAAGCCCCGCCGGAUCAUAAUUCUUGUGAAGGCUGGGCAAGCUGUUGAUGAUUUCAUCGAGAAACUGGUACCCUUGUUGGACACUGGUGACAUCAUCAUUGAUGGAGGAAAUUCUGAGUACCGGGACACAACAAGAAGAUGCCGGGAUCUCAAGGCCAAGGGGAUCUUGUUUGUAGGGAGCGGAGUCAGCGGUGGUGAGGAAGGGGCCCGGUAUGGGCCGUCACUCAUGCCAGGAGGGAACAAAGAGGCUUGGCCCCACAUCAAGACGAUCUUCCAAGCCAUCGCUGCGAAAGUAGGAACUGGAGAACCCUGCUGUGACUGGGUGGGAGACGAGGGUGCUGGGCACUUUGUGAAGAUGGUGCAUAACGGGAUAGAGUAUGGCGACAUGCAGCUGAUCUGUGAGGCCUACCACUUGAUGAAGGACGUCCUGGGCAUGCAGCACAAGGAGAUGGCCCAGGCAUUUGAAACGUGGAACAAGACAGAGCUGGACUCGUUCCUGAUUGAAAUCACUGCUAAUAUUCUCAAGUUCCUGGACAGUGAUGGCAAAGAGCUGUUACCAAAGAUCCGGGACAGUGCUGGGCAGAAGGGCACUGGAAAGUGGACCGCCAUCUCGGCGCUGGAAUACGGCAUGCCGGUCACCCUUAUUGGAGAAGCUGUCUUUGCUCGGUGCUUGUCUUCUCUGAAGGAGGAGCGAGUUCAGGCCAGCAGAAAGCUGAAGGGCCCCCAGCAGGUCCAGCUGGAAGGCAGUAAGGAGUCGUUCCUGGAGGACAUUCGCAAGGCCCUCUAUGCUUCCAAGAUCAUCUCCUACGCCCAAGGCUUUAUGCUGCUCAGACAGGCAGCCACUGAGUUUGGCUGGACCCUCAAUUAUGGUGGCAUUGCCCUGAUGUGGAGAGGGGGCUGUAUCAUCAGAAGUGUGUUCCUGGGGAAAAUUAAAGAUGCAUUUGAGCGAAACCCAGAACUUCAGAACCUACUGCUGGACGACUUCUUUAAGUCAGCAGUUGACGACUGCCAGGACUCCUGGCGACGGGUGGUCAGCACUGGGGUGCAAGCCGGCAUCCCCAUGCCCUGCUUCACCACUGCCCUCUCCUUCUAUGACGGGUACCGACAUGAAGUGCUGCCAGCCAACCUCAUCCAGGCUCAGCGGGAUUACUUUGGGGCUCACACCUAUGAACUCUUAUCCAAACCAGGGGAAUUUAUCCAUACCAACUGGACAGGCCACGGUGGCAGCGUGUCAUCCUCUUCAUACAAUGCCUAGUAGGCCUGUGGCUCCGCCCUCCCCCUCCUCCUCCCUCCCAGCAACGGAACAGCCCCUGUGGGGCUGGCACACAGCACUCCUCUCUGCCCUAGUUCCUGCUCAGAUCUUUUAGCCAAGUGUUGGCUAUGAUUGCUGAAGAAGUCACCAGGGUCUCUUGUCCAGUAGUUUCUGAGCCACCAUGUAUUCUGCCUCGACCUUUUGCACUGCCAGGAACUGCCCUUGCGCGCCACUGCGUGACCGCUCCCUGACUGAGCUGUGCCAUGUGGGUCAGACAGGCUGCGCUCUUAGCACACGGAGUGUGGGUGUGUGGGAUUGUACAACCUUGAGCGUGGAUCAUGCGUGUGGGUGCUGCCGCCCCCACUCAGGAACAGAUGUAUGUGGUUACACUCUUCUACACUGGCCUCUGGACGUGCCAGCUGCUGUCCUGUUAGCAGAAAGU